UAUUUUUGAUUAAGGACUCGGCCGCUCCGAAUUUCAGUCAAGGGCUCGCACACUGAAAAUUCUCAGGGAAGGACUUUCCGGCCGAAUAUAAAUACCUCCCUAUUUUCUUCCCAAUCAUGCCACCACUGCUUUCUUCUUCUGCAUUGUUACUUCCUCUCCCUUUUCUGCCGUUUCGGUUCUGCGUCUUCGAUUCCGCAGGAUGACGAUCCUCAUCGAGCAGCCGGAAUUUGUUGAGGUGGAGGAGGAGAAGGUCUGUUCUGAAGAGAAUGAGAAUGAACUGGUGUUGGAUGGUGGAUUUGUGGUGCCGACGACCAACGCAUUUGGCCACACUUUUAGGGAUUAUGAUGUUAACAGUGAGCGGAGAGAUGGGGUUGAGGAAUUCUACCGAAUCCAGCACAUCAACCAAAGUUUUGAUUUUGUGAAGCGGAUGAGAGAAGAUUAUGGAAAAUUGGGAAAGGUGGAAAUGAGCAUAUGGGAGUGCUGUGAACUUUUGAAUGAAGUUGUGGAUGAGAGUGAUCCUGAUUUGGAUGAGCCUCAGAUUGAGCAUCUGCUGCAGACUGCUGAAGCUAUCAGAAAAGACUACCCUAAAGAAGGCUGGCUACAUUUGACUGCCCUAAUCCAUGAUCUUGGAAAGGUGCUUCAUCUUCCUGCUUUUGGUGAGCUUCCUCAGUGGGCUGUCGUAGGAGACACAUUUCCUGUUGGGUGUGCCUUUGAUGAGUCAAUUGUUCACCACAAGCAUUUCCAGGAAAAUCCUGACUACAGCAAUCCUGCUUAUAACACCAAAUAUGGAAUUUACUCUGAAGGCUGUGGACUUAACAAUGUUCUGAUGUCAUGGGGACACGAUGACUACAUGUACUUGGUGGCCAAAGGGAAUAACUCUACUCUUCCUUCAGCUGGUCUUUUCAUCAUCAGAUACCAUUCAUUUUAUGCUUUACACAGGGCAGGGGCAUAUAAGCACUUGAUGAAUGAAGAUGACAUUGAGAAUUUGAAGUGGCUCAAAGUGUUCAACAAGUAUGACCUUUACAGUAAGAGCAAAGUUCGCAUUGAUGUUGAGAAAGUCAAGCCCUACUAUCUCUCUUUAAUUGAGAAGUACUUUCCUGCAAAGUUGAGAUGGUGAAACUGGGAGGUUGGAUCAGUAGAGAAAUAAAUGGUAGCAGCUGAAUAAAGACACCGGAUUUAGCACUUUUGUUUCUCCGUUUUCGUUUCAAUGUUCUUUCUUUUUGUAUCCCUUUUAUGUUUCUUAUUCCACAGGGAGGAGGUGCUUUUACCUUUCCCCCUGAGUUUGUAAAUAAACCAGUUUGCAGUAAAUCUAUGGCAUAUUUGCCUUUGGUUUCUCA